CGGCAGUCCUACUUUAAUUACCUCAUAUUCCUCUAUCUAUCAUACCACUAGAUAUGAACGUAGAUGUGAUACCCUUGUCGUCCCCAAGCUAUCUAACCGAGGCAAAACAAAACACGAUGCCAUUAUGCCUCAGGCAGCGAAAACGGCACCAGCGGCUAUCACGGGAAUUGCAGGGCCCUGAUAUCACCACCUCGAAAUAUGUCUCCCACUCCCCAAUACACUAUAAAGAAAGCCUUAGGUAACCAGGUCUCUUUCACAAUCUCUUGCUGACCAUCAGAUAAUUAAAUCCACGUAAAAAGUAUUCCGUACCGCUACGUCCUAUGUGUCAUGUGUCAUGUGUCAUCGCCAUCUCAAGCGUAAGCUGAGCAAGACCGAAAAUCGGAGGAAACGCGGGAAAUUUCGGCGAGUCACAGGAACCUCCCUGCAAACGUUAAGCGCAAGGUUAAGUUCGACCAAGAUUCGACUGCAGGCUUCGAACCUGUUCAUCUGCUGCGAUCCCUGCUACAUCCGGCAUGCCAGAUAGAUUAAUUCAGGGUUACGUAAUGGUGCAGGGAGGCUGAGAUCGUCAAGAAUACACUUUGUUCUCUUUGUACUCAAGUAACUAUGAGAGAAAAGGGAUGGAAUCUAGGGUUUCUGGGAGAAAAAGUAUUUAUAGGGGAUGAGGACAGAUCAAUUGUCGAGAUAGGGAACAGAGGGAAAAAAAUAAAAAAAGAAAUAAUGGGGACCAAGGGGAUGCAGUUAUAUGAGACCUGUCGCGUUUUCCGGUUUUAUUUUUUAUUUAUUAUUUUAUUUGGUCUUCCAUUCUUGGCUUUUGCAGCACCAAGGGUGAGAUUUAAUUUUUUAUGAGUGAUGACGAGCACAAUAAUUUC